AACAAACAAGCUUGCUAAAGUAAACAACUCCCCCAAACGAGAUUGCUGGACACUGAAAUCAGAAGGUUUUUUCCCGAGAAUGUAGCACAUAUUAAUUCGUGCCUCGUCAGUGCCAUCCCGUGAAAUAGUUUAUCUAGUCAGCAAUUUCUUCUUAUUUUGAACAAGUGUGUCGUAGUCAGUCCGGGGCUUCCGAUUUUCCCCGUACGGCUGUUAUCGUGUGAGUUGUUGAAUGAAAACAGCUUUCCUCGCGUGUUCUUUUUUUUUUCGGUGGCCAACAAAACAGUGCGCAUCUACAACUUUACUACAAGUUUGGGUAAGAAUGAAAUCGAUCGUCAUCAUCAUCAGCAGCACCACAGUGUUGUGCUAGCGAGCAGCCAGCUGUAGUACACAAUUUUUAUGAUAAGAUAGGCAGAUUUCGCUUGUUUGUACUGGAGCAGCGACAGUUCAGAAAAUGUGAGUUAUGAGUCAAUUGCUGAUACGUGUCGUCUGAUUAUUCCGAUUCUGCCGCUCAGAUUGUUCAGAUCAUUUCAAAGGAUUUCUUUAAGCUCUGCAUUAUGCCCCUCAACAUAUUGGUGACCGGUGCGGCCGGUUUCGUUGGAUCGCACACGGUACUGGAGCUGCUCAAGGUGGACCACCAGGUCAUAUGUUUGGAUAAUCUUUGCAACGCAUACGGGGCAGCGAACGCCAAGCUGCCGGAAUCACUUAUACGGGUCCAAGAACUUACGGGAAAAACUCUAGUCUUUUACGAUGUGGACAUCCGAAACAGGGACGGUCUACGGAACAUAUUUAAGAAGCACAAAAUCGACUGCGUGGCACAUUUCGCAGCCCUGAAGGCCGUCGGAGAAUCAUGUCGGGUUCCGCUGCGCUACUACCAGAACAACAUAACCGGAACGAGUGUCCUGUUGGAGGUUAUGCAAGAGUGCAACGUAUUUAGUUUUGUAUACAGCUCAAGUGCCACCGUUUACGGGGAACCACAAAAACUCCCACUGGACGAAACUCACCCGACGGGCAAUUGCACCAAUCCCUAUGGCAAAAGCAAAUACUUCACCGAGGAGAUUCUCAAGGAUCUGUGCGAAUCGGACCCUCGCUGGAAGGUGAUAUCCCUUCGCUAUUUCAAUCCGGUGGGUGCGCACAAAUCCGGCCGCAUUGGAGAAGAUCCCAACGGGGAGCCGAACAAUCUGAUGCCCUACAUUUCGCAAGUGGCCGUUGGCCGACGCCAGUGUUUGAAGGUGUUCGGCAACGAUUACGACACUCCGGAUGGGACCGGAGUGCGGGACUACAUUCACAUCGUGGACCUGGCCGAGGGUCACGUCAGCGCGAUCGAUAAGCUGGCCAGUGGUGAGUUAACGGGUUUCGUUGUGUACAAUCUUGGUACGGGACGUGGGUAUUCGGUUCUUGAGGUGGUGGAUGCCUUUUCUAAAGCUUCUGGCAAGCCGAUUAAGUAUGAAAUUGUAGAUAGACGCCCAGGAGAUAUCGCUACAAGCUAUGCCGACGUGAAGCUGGCAGCAAAAGAACUUGGCUGGACCGCUAAACGUGGAAUCGCCGAAAUGUGCGAAGAUACCUGGAAAUGGCAGAAAAAUAACCCGAAGGGAUUCGCAGGCUAAAAUCCAAAACCAAAAAAGUGAAUGAAGGCCACACAGGUGUUGGCAAAGCAUUUCCCAAAGAUCGUUCUGUUACGAUAAAUAAUCAAUAAAAUAUAUCUAAUAUAGAUAGAGGCAUUAUUCAAAAA